CAAAUUUCUCGAUUAAUUAAACGAAUAUAUAAGUUUAUAACACGCCAUGAUGCUUCUGUUUAGUAAUUAAUCUUUAUCAAAAUAUACUAAUAUUGUCUAUAUUUAAUUGCAUUAUUAUUAAUACAAUUAAUAUCAACAUUGUAAUUGGAAUCAUAUAGUUCGUCGAGACUAGAGACACUACUGGAAGAAAAAAAAAUAUGGAGAAGAUGGUGCUGAUGAGAUCGCUGUGCCGCUCAAUCAUCCGCCGAUCUCAACAUUUUUCCUCCGCCGGCGCCGCCUUCAACCGCCGUAUCCACCACCUCCAUUUCUCUCCCCCAUCGCUUCCCGCAUCCUUUCGUAAUCGACCUUUUUACAAUCUUGCUCAUUGUAAGGAUUGCGUACGGAAUAAUGACCAGUGUGGUGUGGAUGUCAUGCAUCCUUUUGCAAUGUGCACUGGGAGCACUCGGUUUUUCAGUGAAGAUGUUACGCAUAUGCCUGUUAUAAAAGAUCAGGAGAUUGAGCGUGCUUUCAAGGACUUAAUGGCCACAAAUUGGGAUGAGCUUUCACCAGCAAUUGUCCAUGACGUUAAAAAUGCAUUGUCAAAGAACACUGAGGACAAAGCUGCUCAGGAUGUUCUUAAAAACGUUUUUCGGGCAGCAGAGGCAGUUGAGGAAUUUACUGGGAUUAUCAUGUCGCUGAAAAUGGAAUUGGACGAUGUCAUUGGCCUUAGUGGCGAGAAUGUGAAACCGCUGACCGAAGAAUAUUCAAAGGCAUUGCAGACUAUUUUCGAUAGAUAUGCGGUGUAUCUGGCUGCGUUUGGACCAGAAGAGACAUAUUUGAAGAAGAAAGUGGAAACUGAGUUGGGAACAAAAAUGAUAUACUUGAAAAUGAGGUGUGGGGGCCUUGAUGCUGAGUGGGGGAAGGUCACGGUCCUUGCAACUUCUGGACUUUCUGGUUCUUAUGUUGAGAAAAGAGCAUAAAUUCCAAACGUGGGGAUUGCAAUCUUUUUUUAUUCUUUUUCUUUUCUCGUGUUUUGUGUGACUUGCAGAACAAUGCCAGAGAAAUUGGCUGUUCCAAAAAAAUUUAGGGUUCUUGCUUUCUAGUUCUAUGGCUACCUGUAUUAACGGUACAAUAAAUUUCAUGGCAAACAUCUCUGUUUUAUGUUACAGUUGCGUUUAUCCUGAGUUGAUCUGAGUGUCUUAUUCAUUGGUCUUGGUGCUGUUAAAUUAAACGAGCUUG